GGAGGAAGGUCUCCUGCUUCUCCAGCAUCCAGCUCUUCCUGGUGUCCGAGUGCGCCCUGAUGCUGGCCCAGGGCACGGUGGGAGCCUACCUGGUGAGUGUUUUAACCACCUUGGAGCGGCGAUUCAACCUCCAGAGUGCUGACGUGGGUGUCAUUGCCAGCAGCUUCGAGAUUGGCAACCUGGCCCUCAUCCUCUUCGUGAGCUACUUCGGAGCCCGAGGACACCGGCCACGCUUGAUAGGAUGUGGAGGGAUAGUCAUGGCCUUGGGUGCCCUCCUUUCUGCAUUGCCUGAAUUUCUGACCCACCAGUACGAAUAUGAAUCUGGAGAAAUACGCUGGGGAGCUGAAGGGAGGGAUGUGUGUGCUGUCAACGGGUCCACCAGCGACGAGAGACCAGACCCGGACCUUAUCUGCAGGAAUAGGACUGCUACCAACAUGAUGUACUUGCUGCUCAUCGGGGCACAGGUCCUCCUGGGCAUUGGUGCUACCCCUGUCCAGCCCCUGGGAGUUUCCUACAUCGAUGACCAUGUGAGGCGGAAAGAUUCCUCCCUGUACAUAGGGAUCCUGUUUACGAUGCUGGUAUUUGGACCAGCCUGUGGAUUUAUCUUGGGCUCCUUCUGUACCAAAAUCUAUGUGGAUGCUGUCUUCAUUGACACAAGUAAGCUGGACAUAACCCCGGACGACCCUCGGUGGAUCGGAGCGUGGUGGGGAGGCUUCCUGCUCUGUGGUGCCUUACUCUUCUUCUCGUCCCUGCCCAUGUUCGGCUUCCCGCAGUCGCUGCCGCCGCGGCCCGAGCGCGCCGGGGAGAGCGAGCAGGCCAUGCUCCCCGACAGGGACUACGAGCGGCCCAAGCCCAGCAACGGGGUCCUGCGGCACCCCUUGGAUGGGGACAGCAGCACCACCUGCUUCCAGCAGCUGCGAGUGAUCCCCAAAGUGACUAAGCACCUGCUCUCCAACCCCGUGUUCACCUGCAUCAUCCUGGCAGCCUGCAUGGAGAUUGCAGUGGUGGCUGGCUUCGCUGCCUUCCUGGGGAAGUACCUGGAGCAGCAGUUCAACCUCACCACCUCAUCUGCCAACCAGCUCCUGGGGAUGACAGCAAUCCCGUGUGCGUGCCUGGGCAUAUUCCUGGGUGGCCUCUUGGUGAAGAAGCUCAGCCUGUCUGCUCUGGGAGCCAUCAGGAUGGCCAUGCUGGUCAACCUGGUGUCCACAGCUUGCUACGUGUCCUUCCUGUUCCUGGGGUGUGACACAGGACCUGUGGCAGGGGUUACUGUUCCCUAUGGAAACAACUCAACUCCAACCUCAUCUCUGGACCCAUAUUCCCCCUGCAAUAACAACUGUGAAUGCCAAACUGAUUCCUUCACUCCAGUGUGUGGGGCAGACGGGGUCACAUACUUAUCUGCCUGCUUUGCUGGCUGCAGCAGCACGAACCUCAGUGGCUGUUCGUGCCUCACCUCGGUCCCUGCUGAAAACGCCACCGUUGUUCCUGGCAAAUGCCCCAGCCCUGGGUGCGAAGAGGCCUUCCUGACAUUCCUGUGCGUGAUGUGUGUCUGCAGCAUGAUCGGGGCCAUGGCACAGACACCCUCAGUCAUCAUCCUCAUCAGAACCGUGAGCCCCGAACUCAAGUCUUACGCUCUGGGGGUGCUUUUCCUGCUGCUCCGGUUGCUAGGUUUUAUCCCACCACCGCUGAUCUUCGGGGCCGGGAUUGACUCCACGUGUCUGUUCUGGAGCACAUUCUGCGGCGAGCAAGGAGCCUGUGCACUGUAUGACAACGUGGUCUACAGAUACCUGUAUGUCAGCAUUGCUAUCGCCCUCAAGUCCUUUGCAUUCAUCCUGUACACAACCACCUGGCAGUGCUUGAGGAAAAACUAUAAAAGAUACAUCAAGAACCACGAAGGUGGUCUCAGCACUAGUGAGUUUUUUGCCUCUACUCUCACCCUAGACAAUCUGGGGCGGGACUCGGUGCCCCAAAAUCAACCACAUAGGACAAAAUUUAUCUAUAACCUUGAAGAUCAUGAGUGGUGUGAAAAUAUGGAGUCUGUUUUAUAGUGACUGUGGAAGGGUGAACUAUAUUAAUAAUACAAGGGUCCUUUUUAAUAAAAACAAGGAGAGAGCACGAAUGAGAGAAGAAACAACUGCAAAACAGCAUCGGCAACACAGGAAACUUUUGUCUUUUUCUCAAAGUCAGACCCGGCCAGGAUUCUUGAGGACAACAUCUUUUAAUGGGAUCACUUGUGACAUCCUGCAGGGUGAUGGAGAAAGCAGGGAGCCCUUGUGGCUGGGUACCAACUCCUUUGGCGACAGUACGAGCUUCCAAGGAGGGCAGAGGUUCGCUGGAGAGCCCGGCACAGGCUUGGGCACGAGGCGUAGGGAAAGCAAGGUGAUAACAGCAAGGUGAUAACAGCAAGCUGAUAACAGCAAGCUGAUAACAGCAAUAGGUUUUUUCCCAGUUGAGAUGGGCUGUGUGGAGCCCUGCGGGGUUGGCCAGGCUGGGUGCUGCUCCAACCUGCUGCGUCUGCCAUGGCAAGGAGGGAGCUGUGCUGGAGUCCUUCCAGCAGUCACACUCUGUCACCAGCCACGAGUCCACGAUAAAUACCUUGAAAGCUGCUGGAAACCUUCCCAGUGGCAAGCAAUGCUGUCAGGGGUAUCCAAGUCCUUCCAGCCCAGGCUUAUUCGCAGAUUGCAGCUUGGUGGCUGUCUGCGAAUAGCUGCGCUCAGAUCUCAAACCCAGUAGAGUUCAAGACAUUUGCUCACACUUGCCAAACGUGCUGUCAUUUUUAAAGGGGGAUGAGCUCCAAAUACUUACCUGUGUAGUCCUCUAAUGAGAUGUUUUUUGAAAUUAUUUUCAAAUCUAUGUUAACCCUUAAAUCGCUGACACUUUUCCAUGAGGAGGAUUUAUUUAUGCUAGUUUGGGGAAGGAUCCUGUUUAAUUCACCCAAACGUAAUGUGACUCAAGGGGUUUGUUUAAUCCUCUGCAUUUUUUAUCCAUACGCCUUCAUUCUAAUAUGCUACCAAGCCAAUGAAGACACAUAAUAUGUUUUUAAAAAAGAGAAUGAAUGCACUGUGUCUCUAUAAAAACAAUUGUCAGUUGGAGAAUUACAGAUAAUAUGAUGAUUUACAUAAUAUAGUUUUUUUCAUAUUCUAUGUGACUCAGUGAAUACAUAUAUAUGUGGAGAGGCUGUUUAUGUUCUCUCCAGUUUUUAAAGAUAUAUAUAUAUAAUUUGCAAUCUAGAAAUUGUGUGGUGGAUGUUUUCUUUAAAGUGUGUGUGUGUGUGUGAGCGUGUGUGUGUACAAGAUGAGAGGAAUACCUUAAUCCUUCAACCCUCACAAGUGGUAUUUUAUUUUUCACCUGAGAAAUUCCACUGACUUUCAGUGGAAGCCAUGUGAGGAAGAUGGAAUAAUCUCUCCUGGAUACCACAUUUUGUUUGUACGUGUGGGAAUAGUGUUCCUCUGGAAGGCUGGGUUAUGGGAGCAGAGGCUGGCCAGCACUGAGCAACUCAAACUUCCAUUCAGCUCCCCACAAACAUCCAUGCAGGAGCAGAUUUGGCUUGGCUCUUGCAGUGCAGACUUACCUAAACCUGCAAAAACCGUGGGGAAACUUUCACCUGAUUACAAGAAGCAUGGGGGUCAGGCUUAUUUUGUAUGCAUAUUUUUGUUUUCCAAAACAUUCCUGCUGGGAAGCAAUGCAAAUUGGCAGCAUUUGAUGAGCUUUUCCCCAGGAACCAGACUUGUUUCCAAUGGACUAAAUGUCAGAAGGGCUUUAAGGGUUAGCAUCGUAAUUAAAAGUUCCUUUUUUGUGUGAAUUUCGAAGCUGUUGUGUGAACUUGAGGAUGUUUAAAGGAGUAACCUGGCAUGUUGAGUCAAAUGCUGGAUGUCACUUCCAUGCAGGUGGCAGAGGGGCUGAUCUUCCCCAAAUCCUUUUCCAUUGCUGCAGUGGACACCCCAGAGCUGACACAAUUACAGAGGGUUGAUAACUUUUCACUCAUGUUCAGCACCUUCUUAGCAGACUUUGCUCCUAUCCAGGCUUUGCAAUAUGGGUGUGGAGUAUCAAACUGCUUCCACUUGACUGAAAUUACAUGUGUGUUUGCAACUUAUGCACAGAAUUACAUGUUCAGCAACAAUAAGGGCAGGAAAAAAGGUUGUAUCAAAUAAACUCCAUUGUGCCAAAUACUCAACAAAUAUUGUAACUGCAGAUAUUUAAUUCUUGGGUUUCAGCCAUGUUAAGAUUCACUCUACUGAUGAAGGAGUUUAAGGAAAAAAAAAAUAUUAAGCUGUGCAGUGCCAUUGUUAUGCUGGGUGGUAAAUGAUGCUUUUUAGACCAUUACAUUGGUUUAGUAUGUCCUAUCUGCUAAAACAGAGAUACUGCAUCCAUAAAACAAUGAAUUCAAAAAAGGCACAGCGUGCAUAACUGUCUCAUAAAAUAUAUAUAAUUGUCAAGUAUAAGCCUUUGAAAUAAUUCUGUACGGUUCCCUUCAUUCUGCAGAUUCAUUACUUAGACUGCUGUCUUUCCAAAUGUUAGCUCAUAAUUUUAUACUAUACACACACUUUCAGACUGGAACACAAAUUUCACAGAACCUUUCUAAAAGCCUGAUUGCUUGAAAUUUCAUAAUGCCUUUCACAAUUUCAUGAUUUUCCCCUCUGAAAGUGCAAGGUGAAGGAGAAUAGCAUGCUGAUUGAUAUGAUGUAAAACAAACUCCCAGUGUUCACGAGCUGUGGUUUGUUGGUACAAAGUCCCCCUUGACCGGAGUUAUGGAAACAGGAUUCCAGGGCACAUAACAUUUUCAUUUUUGUUUUUCUUUACUUUUUCCAUUUGAUCUCUUCUCUUAGUAUGUGUGGGAGAUGCAGUUGAAUGGGGUUACUUACAUUAUUUUUAAGCUGUAACUUGAAAUUCCUGCAUGAUUGUUAUUUUAUUUCUUUUCAUAAUGGAAUUUUUGAAAAGCUUUUCUCCCAUCCCACUCUUAUUUUUAUUUUUUUUUCCCAGGGUUAGGUCUGAUGCCUGCAUCGUGAAGGGCUUUGCUGUCGGUGCUUUGGUACAGAUUUAAGAACAGAGCUUUAGUUUAAAGAAAACAAACACAGACCAAACACUUCAUCCACAGCAGCAGGCAUUUUAUUUUUUUUUCUGAUUUCAGAACCACAAGCCAUUUUUGUCUGCAACCCAGUUUUUGUUACAGAAUAACAAAUGAAGAGUGUCAGACAUCCUCCUUCUUCCCAAACUGCGUUAUGGGCCUUCACCUGUCAGCACUUCGCCUCCAUCCUGCAACUGCCUUAACCAUGCAGGAGACUUAAAAAACAAGGAUGGAGUUAGAAAAAUGCCCAGGAACAGAAACAGGGGCGUGGUCUGAGCUGUGCAGUCCAGAUCCAGUGGCAGAAAUUGUUUCUUAAUUUUCAAGAGCAUUGAAAUUGAGGGGUUUGUUAGGGCUUCAGUCUCAGCAGAAAUGUCCUUUUGGCAUUUUCAAGCACUGUGUUCCCCACGUGGCUGUCUGCUAAGGAAUGGGAUGUUGGGAAAAACAAACUACUACUGAGAUUCUGCAGUCUCUCUGGGAUUGACCAGUUGCCUUGCAUGGCUUCAGGCUGGGGUUUCCUUUCCCGUGCACAGAUCCUACUUUGGAAUAGCCCCAGUGGAAUCAAAAGGGAACCCCAGUCUAAAAUUGGUGCAGAUGACACUGGAAUAGUUUUCUCUGCAUCCUUGUUAACAAGGUGAUGGAUUUCCAGAACUUUCUUUUAAUGUAUAUAGAAAUCAUCCGUUUUUCUGACUUUGCUCAGCACAUCUUGGAUGUAGAGUGGGACUGAAGAGUCCAUCACUUGAAUUAUCACUUGAAUAUCACAAACCUUCCAUUCCUGGCAAUUCAGCUAACGGGGACCUCCCUGUGCCAUUCACUUCUGAGAUGCACUAAACUCCCUGGUGCUGCUUCUGUUAAUCGUGGUUGGGUCUCACCUUGCUCAGAAGGUGAGAAGGGAAAGAUGCAGAGAGGAAUUAGCUUCCAUUAUCUGACUUAGCUACGCUUCAAAAUGCUUCCAGAUUGAGCUGAUGGUUUGCAGACAUUUGGAAAGUGAUUGGAGUAUUUCCAAAUGGCUGAGACACAUCGACUUCUUUUUCCUUGCAAAAAGAAAUAAAUUAAAAUUAAGGGAAUGAGUGUGAUUUGGACCCCCUCCUAUCCCCAUCAGAGUUUUAAGUUCAUCAUAUUGCAUUGGAGGCAGUAUGCUUAAGGUUCACCUUUGUGUCUCAGACAGACUCACAUUUUUCCUCAGUAAAUGAGGUCCUGAGACACAGAAGGGCAACUCCAACUCACAGCCAGCAGUUUCACUCCACAGCCAACCCACAACAACCUGAAGCCUACCAGCACUGUGAAGCUUUAGUCCCCAAGUCAGCCACAGCUGUUGCUGCCAUGUGAGUUUGUCACAGCUGGGUGUGUUUGGCUUGGUGUUUUCUUCAGACUUUGGCAUUCUUGGUGUGAUGUUUGCUUUAUUCUUGGCAGGUGACGUGGGGAAUUGUCAGUACAAAAGACACAUGCAAAUGCUUCACUGGACUGCUGUGAUAACAGCUUUGUUUCUUUGUUCACAAGGGUUUCCAGAGUUACUCCUGCUCUGCCUUUAAAUGCAGCUGUGCUCAUCUAUCCCCCUAAUUUUAUGUGAACUGUGUUUGCAGACAGGAGCAGGUUUGUUGAUGUUCUCUCUCUAGAUCUGAUUAAUACGUGCAAAGCUCACAAGUUUUCUGUGCACAGGGCAGAGCACCUCUGAUUACAAGCAAUAACACUGACCUGCUCGUUUGCAACAGGGAUUCUGGCUUUCCUUACCUAAAUCUGGGUUUGCCUCUCCCAGCAUCCCACACCACUGCUGUGACUCCCCUGGUUUGUUGGCAGCCAAGAUUCUACAAUCAGUGGAACACAGGCAGCAGUUCAUUAUGAUGGGAAUUUUUGGUGUGACCCAGAUUCAGCCAUGCUUACCCUGAUGGUUGGGACUGACCCAAGGAGGAAAGGACAUUGUAACUGAGCCACUCUGAAGGGAUUAUCCACCCUUCUGUGCUCCUGGAUAGCCCUACCUCCACCAGACCCAUGGUUUGUGGGUGUUUUCUUCCAGGCUGACCAUCAGCUUCCUUUCUCUAGCCACAGUUCUUCCUUCCUUCCCCUGAUGGCAAAGCACAGCUUGGCUAUACCAAGUCAAUACAAGGUACCCAGAGUUACUGAGUGGUGUUUAAAUUUGCCUGGAAUGCCAGCAGGUCUCACUUAGUUUUACAUAUGUUCAAAAUGUUAUAGUUCGUUCUGCUUAUAUCCCCUAAAUCUAUAACUUCUAGGCUGCAAAUGAUGUUUUCUAUCAUUCCAUUGACAUUUCUAGCCAAUCUCAGUCUUAAUACAAUUGCUUUGCUGAAAAAUGGCCUUUCAGCAGUUCUUAGACAUGAGGUACUUCUUUAUUAACUAGUGAUGCCAAAAAUCUUUGGCCAUUGUCUGUUCCCUGAAUUCAGGGGAGCAGAAGGAAGCUGUGCCUGCCCAGAAGCAAUACUGAUGUUUCCUGGGGCAGAGUGUGAACGUGGACUGCUCUUUUUUCAGCUUCAGUCUUGCCUGUUUGGCUCUGGGCAUCUCUUGAUUCCAGAAGGACCCAGGGAAUUCAGGAGAAGCCUGAAUAGACAGAGCAGUCCUAUUUAGAUGUCUGCAAGAGUAGGACUUUCAGGAUAUUUGUAGUGUUUAUAUUGUUUUGCUUGUCAAAGCUUUGCUUCAGUCUGUAUUUGUUUGAUGAAUGGAAUGACCAUUCAUCAAACAAAUGGGGUUUGGGAUGGGAUGAGUUUGUGAUGUUUCCCCCACUUUAUUCAGAUUAAGUGUGGCAGAGCAGGAUGCCCAGCCCCAAGAAGGAAAAGAUUUGUCAUACCCUGAGCAGUUUGUAGUGCUGGACUUGUUCUACACAAAGUUGGUGUCUGCAUAUGGCAGGAAGCAAUAAGAAACUUGCCAGCUGCAACUCAGAAAAUAAUUUAUAGCAAUUUCAUACAUGAGUUUUCCCUUUUAUUUCUUCCUUGCAAAAUGCUGAGAAAACCAAGAAAAUGCCUCCAAGGUCAUUUCUUCAUAUCAUCUGUGGUCUGGAGGAGUUGGAAAAGCUUUCUUGUCAUUUAUAUGAGGCUGGAUGUUAUGCAUGGACAUAAAACUCAUGGGUUAUUUCUGCUCCCUGAGUUCCCUAGGCUGGAAUUUUCUCAUCAGUAAAAAUAUUUAGUUCAAAUGUGAUUAGGAAUUGAGUAAGAGGAUCCUUGCUCAGUGCCAGUGGGCUGAGCACCACUGGACACACAGCAUUCCAGGACAGUGCUGGCUUCCAACUCACAGUCCACUUUCCAGGAAUAUUCUCUCACAGAUGCUUGGAAUUCUCAGCCUCUCCCAGUGUUCCUACUGGUUAAAGCACUCAUUUGAGUAAUUUAGAGAAACUAAUUUGAGAGCAAACACGAGAAGGGUAUGAACCCAGACAAAACCAAAUUGGUAUUGAGGCGAAGCAGGUGGUGUAAAUUUUAUUUGCGAUGUUUGCACAGCUCUUGGAUCGGAAGCAGAAACCUCUCGGGCAUCAAGAGAGUUGCACAUGGCCUAACAUAUCUUAGUUCUUCCCAAAUGAACUGCCCGUGGAUGGGACAGCAAAAGGCUUCUUUCCCUGCCACGGAUAUCUCACCCCCAGAACCCGUUUUCUCUUGCAGUACGGCAUCGCACAAACACCGGUGCAUUUACCCCUCAGUGCAAACAGUGCUGUGUUUCUGGUGCCUCACAACAAUAACUGUGAACUUGAAAGGAAGAAACGACCCCUGUUCUUCACCCAUGACCCUUCCUGCCCGACCACAGGAGGAGGAUGAUCCCUCUUGGAGACUCACAGCCGUUCUCCUAAAGUCUUACAGCAGCAGGACCAAACGGUGCUCUGUGAUCACGGGUGGCCUAUGCCCUGUGCUAGGGGUCUGUAGCUCAGCUACAGCCCCACGUUGCCUUCACAGUGUGUUGGUGCAAAGCCUGCUGAGGAGGCUGCACAUGACUGCCCCUGACAAGUGCUAAGGGCUGCCAGUGGUCUGUGACCACCAAAGUUUUGGAGUCUCCACGUUAGCACAUGAAAGCAGCUUCCCUCACCUGCUUUUGGGGAAGAGCCAUCCCAGAGCAGGUUCAGAGGGAAACUGGAGCAGCGCUGGGACCGCACAACAGGGAGCUCUUGGUACCACACCCGCAGGGAGGAGGGGGUGGGAUGGAGCAGGGGAAGAGCUGUGACAUUUUAAAACCCAUAGUGCCUACCGCUGCAAAUGGAACGCUGUAUUGUAUUAUAUUAUACGUGACUACCAUGUAAAUAAAGUACAAUAAAUGUGGUGUUCGUUAGGAUUUUGAUACAAGUCAAAUGCAGUCUGCAGAAAUGUUUUUUCCCUGCUGUAUGUACUUAUAUCACAUUCCAGGCAUGGGGACAUUGGAGUUGUGUGAGCUGGCAGUGCAUAAAUGGCAUUAGAUGGGGCGUGUUUGCAGUAAGACUGUUCUAAAAUUCUUUUUGCCCUGUGCAAGUGAGACACAAGCACCAUCUGAAACCAGAGGGGAGGGAGUGGGGGCAGUUUACACAGGCAGGAGGAGAGCAGCUCUUGCUGUGCUUGAUGAGAAGAGACUGCCCAGCCAGUCCUUGGCCAUGCCUCACUCGUGGUGGAGAGACAGCGAGGUUUUGGUGGCUGAUCUCUCUUUGCUUGUUCUCCUGCUGCAGAGGUUGACCAGCAGCACAUGCCCUGCCUGUGUAACCUGGUUAUUCCCCACCCCUGACAGCCCUUAGUGGCAGCUACAGAUGAGCAAACUCGAGAACUUAAAAUUCAAAGCAGAUUGGGAAAGGAGUUCUGUUCUUGACCAGCUGGCUCUUCUGUGUCUCUAGCAGAGAUUGAGGGGCUUGGAGUUUUGGCUAAUAGUAUUAGGAUUUUGUUCCUUAACCCACUCCCUUAUCCAUCCUUCUCUUUGUCCAUAGUGUAAAUAAAGAAAAUGAUACAUUUUCACGAGGCAGGCCUGCCAUGUGCCCUCCAAAUCCUGAUGUGUCUCCUAACUGGGUUGUUGGUGGGAGUUUCUCUGGGCUUCAGAAGCUCAGGACUCCUCUGACAAGGGUUUGCAGCUGGUGUGUGGGUGUAAUCUUCCCUCAGUACAUGGAAGGUGCUUCCACACUGGUUGUUUUGUUGGAGAACAAGACCACUCCAUGCAGUGUGUCACACCUGUGACUGAAACUCACCUGCAGAGCUCUGUGCAGGGUUCACAGCACUGGAGGAGAAUUUACCUGCCUCUGUACCAGACCAGUCCGUGGUGUUUGUCCCUCAUACCAUUGCUGUCCUUCACAGUCACCUGGGCAGAGCAGCAAUUGUGGGUUGUGGAGAAGGUCCUCCCUGCACAGAACAUCUCCACAAAUAGUCUGCAGCACUGUGUGGGACCUGGACGAGCCCACGUGCCACUGCCCCUUCUCGGGCUGAGGGUUACUGUUCUCCUGCAGUGCCCAAGCAAAAGUGGUCCUCAGAAAGGUCUUUGAACUGUGCUGGUAAUUUUUCAGAUGUUUAGCAGCACUUCCACAAUAAACCAAAACCUGGUUUGGAAAAGGAAAUGUUUCACUGUACAAUUGACUUUAAAAAAAAAAAAAAAGAGAAGCCACAUGCUCGAUAUAUUUUGAGUACUGUGUUCUGUAUUUUUGCAGCUUAUAUUUUCCAGAUGAGCAGUUUAGAAAUAUGUGAUGUGAAAUACAUACUGUAAGUUUGCUGUAAAUGAUAUUAAAAACACUAUUUUCAUUCUUC